AUGGGGUGCUGGGGCACCCCCACCUGUCCAUGUGCACGAUGGUCCUGGCUCUGGCGCUGGGUUCUCAUCUCCCGGCGUGGGUGGAGCGCCCCCUUGUGGGGGCGGACGAGUGUGACGGUACAGGAAGGGCCUGAGGAAGCUCUGGGCCCCGCAGGAAGGUUCCAGGAUCCAGGAGGGGAGAGAGGGGCCCGGCUGGCCGGCCAGCCCGGGGCGGAGCCUGACAGGGAGUGCCUCGCCCGGAAGGGAGGGCAAAGGGCUACGUCGUCCGCCUGCCCCACCCCACUGACAAGAGUCCCAGUCACCCGACCACGCUCUCUGUCCUGGGGCCCUAGAGGGAGCCCAGAAUCCCAAGUGGCUGGAGCACUGGGGGACGCCCAGACAGAGCCCUCGCUGGACCAAGUCCUCCAGGAGCGGGAUGAGGCCAUUGCCAACAGACGCGCGGGGUUCAAGCCUCGUGUCGCUGUCCCCGCCACCUGCAGGAAGCAGGCACUGGAGGCCGAGCUGGACACAUGCAAAGCCAAGUUGCGCGCCGUGGAGGCCCAGCUGCUGGAGGUCCUGGAGGAGAAACUGAGGCUGAGGCAGGAGGUGGAGGCCUGGGAGGAGGACAUGCAGCAGCUGGUGAGGCAGCGGGUCGAGAGUCAGCUGCGGAGAGAGUCCAGGGGCACUCUGGGCACCCCCCUGGGCCCUCGAACUGCGAGGGUCCCCUGGGUCCGGUUCCCCCUGGGUCGGUGGGGACGCUGGCGAUGACAGAGCUCAGCCCGGGACCUUGGCAGCAGUGUCUUUAUUCAUUAAAGCUUGAGGUCUGA